AUGCCCUCCCCGAAAGGUUGUCCCUCCCUCCCCUCUUCUCUUCUCCCCGCUCCCUCCGUCCCUCCCUACCCACCUGCAAUCUCUACACUUCGAUUCCAACAUACUAACAAUCCCCUCUCAAACCCAACAGCCCUCGUAUCCUCCCUGAAAUCCCUCUCCAUCAACCCUUCCGCACCCUCCAAUCCCGAUUCGAAAUCCCAAGUCCAAAAAGUCCACAUCGUCUCCGAGUCCUGGGACGACGGCAGCGACAGCGACAGCGACACCGACACAGAGGCCGACCGGAGUCGCAAGAACGCAGCAGCAGAAGCAGCAGCAGCAGCAUCAUCAUCAUCCAGCUACCCCUACGCUCCCCCACCGACGCCCAUCUCACCCAGCACCAACAUGACCGACGCGCGCACCCCCUUCCCCGUGCCAUCCUCGCCCGCGACCAGCCCGAGCACCACCGCGGCGCUCGACUUCGAGCACCCGUACGGCUACGUCGAUGGCGAACCCGGCGCGGGAGCGCGAGGCGACAGUCGUCAGAGACCCGCCAAGACCGACGCGGUGGCCAGGCGCAUGAUCGCUGGCGCGCUGGGGGUGCGCGCCCCGCGGAAGACGGGCGAGCAGGCGGCGUACGAGAAGGCCGCGAGGGAGAAGGAGGCGAAGAGGAGGGAGAGGGAACGGGAGGAGGAGAAGGAGAAGGAGGGGGAGAAGGAGAGGGCGAGGAGGGCGGUGUGGGAGGAUUAG